CAUCGGCUGUCCCAAAGCAGGUGUUGAUGAGUUUUAUAUUGUAGCUAAUCAGUGUCACCAACUUUGUAAUCUAAAAUAAUGAACAACACAGGAAAUACCGUCGAUAAGAUAUCGAAUUCAAAACAGUGUAUGACAUGUUUCAAAAGGUCAUUGCUGGUCGUGUUAACUUCGAAUUGGAGGUUUUACAGUACGACAACCCACGUGACAUCUCAUUGAGGGGAAAUGAUACAAAUGGUGCCUGGAAAUGCUGCGAUAUGAGAUCGACUGCACCUCAGUCAACCUGCACGACGCAUUGUCCGACCGCCUUUGUGUUCUGCUGGGCAGGAACCGACGACGGAAGUUGCACUGGUCCGCAAAUCUCCACGGUCCCUCUGUUGACAAACACCUUUGCAGCUUCAUAUAACAGAACAUUUGCCGUUCAAGGACAAUGGGCGAUCGGGACAGAGGACAGUAUGACAAUUAUCAUAGAAGUUCGAAAUAUAAACCUCAAGAACACGUAUGACGUAAUAUCCCACUUUACUACAAAAUUCAAUGGAGACAUCGCACAAACAUACGCAUUGUCCAAACAAAAUAUAUUCGAUACAAUGAUAGACAAAAAGACGCUGGUAAGUUUGACCAUAGGGGUAAGAGUUUGGUGUAUGGAAGGCUAUUUCGGACCAAACUGUAACGUCCAAUGUAAUGGAUAUAAAACAUGUCCACAUCAUGACGAGGUCGUUAAUAAAUUCAGCAAUAAUGAAAUUGUUCUUUCAAUGAUAAACAACGGCACACAAAACCACAAUAUUAGAGCGAACACGAUUAUAUUGUAUGACUUCUUUGCCAAAACGGUUUGUCAGAACUCAACAGACAUUAGAUUGGAUAUUCAAGACUUCUCAUUCCAACCAUCCCUUGAUUAUGGGACAUACCAUAUAGCGGUUCGACUUGGUGCCAACUGUAGUCACAGGCAAGUCAGUCCCCUGAAGGUUGUAUCCUGGUUGCUACAACACCGCUAUCAUGCGCCUGACAAGGACCUGUCCGUCUCCAGCCCUGUAUUGAAUUUGUCUCCUUCGGGCGUCUUGCAAACAACGACGACUGUUCUAUUCAGGGUAGCCACAAUGGAAGAUAUACGCUGUGGCAACUGCAGCGUGCACAUCAGAAUAAACUUCUGCUCUGGCAUUGGACACUGUUCUAGCCUGGAGACUCCCAUUCAAUUGUCUUUAGAGAACAGUCAACUAAUGCAGAGCGGAAAUUCGAUACAAGAGAUAUCACGGUCCAUUUUUGCCAUCAGCGUUAUUGAAAUACCCAUCGUCUUGGACGUGACGGUUGAUUAUGUAUAUCAACCGGUAUUCAAUUGGCAACUAAACCGAAUCGCGGUGAACCUAAGCAUGAAAGCUGGAGAUGACAACAUAAAUAGUUUGGUACUUUUACCUGACAAGACACCAGGUGUCAGGCUAGAACUAGAUGUUCUUGGAUGGUGUGGAAAUGGACAGUACGGUAAACACUGUGAAUACAGUUGUGUUGCGUCGUAUUCGAAUGAAAAUUAUACUUGUAGUAGCAGCGGAAACACAGUGUGUAUGCCAGGAUUUUCAGCCGCGAAACAUGGAUGUGCGGAUACUGAUGAAUGCUCGAACAAUUCACUUUGCCAAAAUGGUGCAACGUGUACAAAUACAAUCGGAUCCUUCUAUUGUGCUUGUCAAGAUGGCUGGAUCGGUUCCACGUGUUCUUAUGACAUCAACGAAUGUGAAACCGCGCCACUUGUGAAUGUCAUAUCAUGUUCUAAUAUACCGGGCUCCUACAAAUAUACAUGUAAGCCGGGUUUUACUGGAAACGACUGCAUUGACAUUAAUGAAUGCAACGAUGAUUCUGAAAAUCAAAAUAUGUGCGAUGGAGACACGUGUUUCAACACGUUCGGAAGUUAUGAAUGUAAAAGCAUGUUGCGUUAUGGCGAGAUUGAGGAUGACCCUUGUUCAAUUGAUGGGGUGGUGUGUGGUAACCAUGGUCUGUGUACUAAUACAUCGAAUGGAUACACAUGUAGGUGCUUUCGAUUUUAUACCGGUACACAUUGUGAAAUAACACGUAACCCAUGUGUAGAUUCUAACACCACAUGCGCAAAUGGAGGCACGUGCCAUUUUAAGAAUAACACUUUUCUGUGUGAAUGUCCCCCUGGUCUGGAUCCAUAUAGUAAUUGUCAUCAUGAUAUUGACGAGUGUAGUGAGGCAAAUAAACCAAAAUUCUGUGUAAAUGGUGCAUGUCAAAAUACACAAGGAAGUUUUGAAUGUACCUGCCAAAAAGGUUUUGAAGGUCAAAGUUGUGAUCACGAAAUAGAUAUGUGUGCCAUAGCACACAUACCGUGUUAUAAUAGAGGUAGAUGCUACACAGUGAAUCAAAUAAUUCAGUGCGCUUGCCUUCCUGGUUGGGAUCCGCACGAUCGCUGUAGGUUCGAUAUCGAUGAGUGUUUCUUGUAUUCCAAUAUAUGCGGAAAUGGAAAAUGUAGAAAUACCAAUGGAAGUUAUGUUUGUGAAUGUAAUUACGGUUGGCAUGGUCAAAACUGCAAUGUUGUGUCCACGAAUUGCGAAAGAAACCCUUGCCUUCACGGUAUAUGCAAAGACAUGAUCGGAGACUAUAGCUGCGUAUGUCAAUAUGGCUGGAAAGGGAAGAACUGCAGUGAAGACAUUGAUGAAUGCCAAGCGGAUUCAAAUCCAUGCAAACAUGGCAAAUGUUUGAACUUAAACGGAGGUUAUAAUUGCUCUUGUGAUUCAGGAUGGAAAGGUCCAAACUGCACUGCGGACAUUAACGAAUGCGAAAAUGGAAGUUAUAUAUGUGAUUGUUUAAACGGAUGGAAAGGGAAGAACUGCUCCGAGGAUAUUAACGAAUGUGCCCCUAAUCCAUGGCAGCAUCAUGGGGUAUGUAAUAACACACAGGGCGGAUACGAAUGCAUUUGUUGGAACAACUGGACCGGAGUUAACUGCAGCAUUGACGUCGACGAGUGUGAAAGAAAUGACGUGUGUAUCAAUGGAAUAUGCCAAAAUUAUGAUGGUGGCUAUAACUGCACAUGUGUCUCCGGUUGGAAGGGAUCAAAUUGUUCACAUGAUGUUGACGAAUGUACAAGCAUGCCUUGUCUAAAUGGUGGCAAUUGUUCGAACGUAGAUGGUUUCUUCAACUGUUCAUGUCCUCAAGGAUAUAAGGGACGCGUUUGCGAUCGUGACGUCGAUGAAUGCGAAACUGACUUUCAUAUCUGUGAUAAUAACGGUACAUGUAUGAACACAUUUGGAAGCUAUGUAUGUAAUUGUUCGAAAGGAUGGAUAGGUAACAGUUGUGAAAAUGAUGUUAAUGAAUGUUUAACUGAACCUUGCAAAAAUGGUGGUGUUUGCUUCAAUACCAACGGAAGUUUCUACUGUCAGUGUUUUGUUGAAACGGGAUUUGCUGGUAGAUUAUGUGAAAACGAUGUAAACGAGUGUCUGACAUCACCAUGUUUGCAUAAUGCUAUUUGUAAGAACUAUGACGGAGGUUUUAAUUGCUCUUGUCCCUCUGGAUGGACAGGUGAACGUUGCGAUGUAAAUAUUGAUGAAUGCCAACAACCGCAAUGCACUAAUGGCGGAACUUGCAACGAUUGUGAUGGCGGAUUUCUGUGUAACUGUCCACUGGCAUGGAAAGGAGAUAGGUGUGAAUUUGAUGUAAAUGAGUGUGAACAGUCCGUUGUUUGUGAAAACAAUGGUACCUGCCAUAACACUAUUGGUUCAUUUUCAUGUGAAUGUAGCAGGUACUUCGCUGGCAAGACAUGUUCAAACUAUAUUGAUCAAUGCAACACCGUUACUUGUUAUAAUGAUGGAACCUGUGAAGAGUCACAUCUUGAUUUUAAAUGUCUCUGUCAUAAAUGGUGGACAGGGAAAGUGUGUGAAACAGAUAUAGACGAAUGCUUGUCAUCUCCUUGUUCAAAUAAUGGAACAUGCCAGAACUAUAACGGUAAUUUUAGUUGUUCAUGUACUUCGGGUUGGACAGGCAACUUGUGUGAUGUUGAUAUUAAAGAAUGCAAGCAGUGUGCGAACGGUGGAACGUGCGAGUUUGCGGGCGGUGGGUUUCGUUGUCAUUGUCCUUCCGCUUGGACUGGUAAUACAUGUGAUGUCGAUGUUGAUGAAUGUGAACAUAAAAAUAUUUGUGAAAACGGUGCAACAUGUAUAAACUUACCUGGUUCUUUUUCUUGUGUAUGUACACAAUCCUUCACUGGAAGCAGAUGCACCACGUAUGUUGAUCAAUGUAGUUACGUCACAUGUUAUAAUGAUGGAACAUGUAUAGAGACGAUUUCAGGCGCUAAGUGUCAAUGCCACAAAAGUUGGACGGGAAUCAGUUGUGAGAAAGAUGUUGAUGAAUGUCUGCAAAAAGGCACUUGCAACAGUGAUACGUUUUGUGAAAAUACAAAUGGAAGUUAUAAGUGCUUGCCACUUCUUUCAACAACUACAACGCGUUUACCAUUAACAGAAAUUCAGACAACAACUUCCUCCACAACCAGGAAGACUUCUAUGCAAAACGAUACGACAUCCGAAGCAUUUAAUUCCACGUUAGAUCCAUCUCGAACCAAAUCAUCAUCAACUACAACUACACCGGUCAAUUAUAUAACACUAACUACAAAGUCAUUUAAAUCAUCUCUUACACCAACAUUGCCGGAUUCGACCACCGAAAACAAACCUGAUACAUCAGUUAAACAAGAAACGCAGCCACCAUUCUCAAAUUCAUCUUCGAUGGCUGCACAGUCUAAAACAACACAAGCACACUCGCGGUUCACUCUAACACCUACGUUAAGCACACUUUUAAUGAACGCAACAAAGCAAGCCCUCUCACAAUCCUCGGAAUCCCCAAUCGAAACUACAACGAUUUUACAUCCUAACACGACAAAUAUUACAAAUUCGUUGACAUCAAAAGCUUCUCCUGCAGAAGUUUUGACAACAAACAUUGCGAAGUCGUCAAAUCAAUAUUCGUCUUCUACAACAAUAUCCCCCUUAGACUCAUCUAGUAAAGCAUUGCCAGUCACUCAUACUGCUCAUAGGGCACCAACGACUUCAUAUCUUUCUUCAAACACAUUGUCUCCCAAAAGUACGACCCUGAACAUACAGCAAGGUAAAAGUAAUUCUCAAACCGAAAAGAAGAAAGAUUCCAAUGGUUAUGUGCCGAUUAUUGGUGCAGUCGUCGGAGUUGUCUUACUUAUCGUUAUUGUCGUUGUCAGCUACAGAUGUUACAGAUCCCGUCAACUUAAUCGCAACGACCAGACGCAAGGUCUUGAUGAUAACAUCCAAAUGGGUGCUAACGUGAAUACAGCCGAGGAGUCCAACCGGAACACUAUAAAGUUUGUUGAAAACCCUGCGUAUGAUACGUUCUCUGACGGAACAAAGGUCUGAAGGACUGCAGGACGAAACUAUUUAGCAGUAUUUAGCAAAUCCUUCAAAGGUUUUGGUUUAUACAAAAUACAUGGCUGUUUCUCUGUUGUUGUAAUUUCAUAGCACACGUCGAUCCGAGUUAGUUAUAAAUUGCUACGUCAUGAGGGCUCGGAACUGAUUUAAAAUAAAUAAUAUAUUGUACAUCUUGGCGUAUUAUGUAUGAGCGCAUUUAUGAUGCACAAGUAGUGCCUUGACGAUACCAUCAAAAAGGGUGUCAGAUGCUUUUGGCGUUUCAAUCUGAUUUGAUUAUUAACAACAUACACUAAUAAUAAUGAUUAAAACAUCUUUAAAGGCGGGGAAAACACAGUGUAUAUAAAAAAUAAAACAGCGAUAAAUAAAAACAUUAUGUAUUUUUGUGAACGUACUCUAUUGAUAUUCGUCACCAAUACAGGAUGUUACUGUUAAAAAUGAAAAUGUAGUUGAAAGUUAACAAAAUAUAUAUUACCGGUA